GUUUCUGGACCAUCACCGUUGGCUCGCUCAUCUAUCAGCUGGGAAUGAUCACUCUCACAAUAUCAGCUAUCCUCCCUGCUCUCCGCCCACCGCCGUGCACACCACCUGACGUUUGCCACCGUCCAUCAACAUUCCAACUCCUAGUCCUCUACUCCUCCCUCAUCCUAACCUGCAUUGGCGCUGGAGGCAUCAGACCCUGUGUUGUUACAUUCGGCGCAGACCAAUUUGAACUCGACAAGACACGAACAAGCACAAGGAAAUGGAACUAUUUCAGUCUCUACUACUUCGCAUUGAGCGUGUCUCAUCUCUUAGCCCUUACUUUGGUUGUGUAUAUCCAAGACAAUGUUGGUUGGGGAUGGGGGUUUGGGAUUCCUAGCAUGGUGAUGUUCGUGUCGGUUGUUGUGUUUGUGAUUGGAUAUCCGCUGUAUAUAAAAAUUAAGCCUGCAGGGAGCCCGAUGACACGGUUGACACAAGUAUUGAUUGCUGCUUUCAAGAAGAGGAAGAUUGCGAAGCCUGAAGACCCGAGUCUUUUGUUUGUUGAUAAGGAAUUGGAUGCUGAUAUUUCAACUGGAGGGAGCCUUAUCCAUACUGAACAGCUUCGGUUCCUUGAUCAAGCUGCAAUCAUUACUGAUGGCGACAUGACUGACUCUGGCAAGACAAGGCUCUGGAGACUAUCGACAGUGCACCGGGUAGAAGAACUGAAGUCAGUUAUACGCUUGAUCCCAAUUUGGUCCGUUGGGAUCUUGACUGUGACUGCAGCCUCCCACAACCACUCCUUCGCAAUAAUUCAAGCAAAGGCGAUGAACCGCCAUCUCACACCUAACGGUUUCCAAGUCCCUGCAGCAUCCAUGUCCAUCUUCGCCACUGUAAUGAUGAUCAUCGCCCUUCCACUCUAUGAUAAAGUCAUAGUCCCUAUAUCUCGCCGAUUCAAACAAUCAGGGUUCACAUAUCUACACAGGAUCGGAAUUGGGCUAGCGAUCCAAGUUCUAGCCAUUGUAUUGGCUGCACUGGUUGAGCAUAAAAGGAAGUUAACUGUAACUGCUCCGAUCAGUGUAUUCUGGUUAGUACCACAGUAC